AUGAAAUUUUCUUUUGAAGGUAAUAUAAUUGAUCCAAUGGAUGUUGUUAAUGGAAUAAGUCUUCAAUCAUUACAAAAACGUCUUGAACAAUCACAUUUAUCACGUAAUGAAAUUGAACGAGCUAAACGUGCACAAGCUAUACAAUAUCCCUCUGGUAUUGAACCAAUUGGAUCUGAUGGUCUUCGUCUUUUUCUUUUAUCUCAUGAUAUAUUUCAACAAUCAAUACGUUUUGAUCCAACACAAUUUGAUUAUGUUUCACGUUAUUGUAAUAAAUUUUGGAAUGCUUAUAAAUAUGUAAAAGAAUUUGCCUUAGCUGAUAUGAAUUUUCAUAAUGAAAAUAUAUUAAAUAUAAAUUAUGAUCAAAUAGAAAAAUUAGUAGAAAAUCGUCUUGUUGAUCGUUGGAUAUUAAAUGAAUUAAAUAAAACAAUAGGAAGAAUAAAUGAUUGCUUAAAGAAUUAUACAUUUCAUUUAGCUAUUGUUCGUUUACGUGAUUCAUUUAUAAAAGAUUUUUGUGAUUUUUAUAUUGAAUUUAGUAAAAUUCCUAUUAAACAACAAUCAAUUGAUAACAUAAAAUCAAAUGUUCAGAUAUUACUUUAUUUCUUACUUAAGCAAUAUCUUAUUCUUUAUCAUCCAUUUUUACCAGCUAUGACAGAAGAAUUAUGGCAAGAUUUAACAAAUGGAAAACAAGGUUAUCUUAUUCAUCAAUUAUAUCCAACCAUAAAAAAAAUUGAAAAGUAA